CACUACGCACGCGCGGCCGUCGGCGUGGUCCCCAUGGAGCUGCUUUAGCAGACCGGGCGACGCCGCUAGCUUCCGAGAUGAGCGCUGCCGAGGCCGACCGCUGGGCGUGGCUGCUGGUGCUCAGCUUCGUGUUUGGGUGCAAUGUGCUCAGGAUCCUCCUCCCGUCCUUCUCCUUCUUCAUGUCCCGGGUGCUGCAGAAGGAUGCAGAGCAGGAGUCCCAGAUGCGAGCCGAGAUCCAGGGCAUGAAGCAGGAGCUCUCCACCGUCAACAUGAUGGAUGAGUUCGCCAGAUAUGCCAGGCUGGAGAGGAGGAUCAACAAGAUGACGGAUAAACUCAAAACUCAUGUGAAAGCACGGACAGCUCAAUUGGCCAAGAUAAAAUGGGUUGUAAGUGUUGCCUUCUACAUAUUGCAAGUAAGUGUCCUGUUGUGUCACCUGGGGUCUUUGAAGUCUUCCAAAACCAUGUGACCCAGAAUCCAGGCCUGGGGAUUCAGGCUUUCCCACUUUCAGCUGCUGGCUGGUCCUGCUAGUGUGUGACUCUGAACACUGAAUUUUUGUUAGACUUAAAAAAAAACCCCUUUCUUCCUCGUAG